AUUCAAAGAAGAUACACAAAAAAACAUUGGAUUAUUCUGACCUGUUUAUGUUAAACCCAAUCAAGUGUCUUAAGAUAACGUCACGCAGUUGAAUUUUGGUACCCAAAUGGUUCUCUGAGAUUGACUUCUCAUCAAACCUCACACAAACAAAACAUCACCAAACCAGAAAAAAACAUUACAAAAUCCACCUUCAAUCUUCAUCUUCAACCUCACUCUUCAAACAUUGUUUGUUUUCUUCAAAUCAAAUCCACUCUCUCACUGUUCAUAUCUGUCUCUCUCUGUUUCUGCUGAGAACAACCCAAUUCCCUUUCCUUCAACCUGUUCCUGUGAACCCCCAUUGCUAAGAAACCUCUCAUCACAUUCACAACCACUUCCCCCUGUGACAUCUCAACCUUCUUCUGCUGACCACCAUUGACUUCAUUAUAGCACCUUCAUUUUCCUUGUUCUGCAUUGGCACCUCCCUCUUCCCAUCACUGAGAUUCAUCAUUCCUCCAAUCAAAAUCACAUCUUUUCUUGAAGGACCAUAAUGGGUGUCAGAAAUUUGGGAUUUUUAGGGCUUCUCUGUGCUGCUUUUGUCUUUUCAAUUGGUGCUGUUGAAUUGGGCAGGAAUCAGCCACCAGAAAGAAUUUCAGGUAGCGCUGGUGAUGUAUUGGAAGAUGAUCCGGUGGGAAGGUUGAAGGUUUUUGUUUAUGAACUUCCAAGUAAAUAUAAUAAGAAAAUUCUGCAAAAGGACCCCAGAUGCCUCAAUCAUAUGUUUGCUGCUGAGAUCUUUAUGCACCGGUUUCUUUUAUCUAGCGCUGUCCGAACCCUUAACCCUGAAGAAGCUGAUUGGUUUUAUACCCCUGUAUACACCACCUGUGACUUGACACCAAAUGGCCUUCCUUUACCUUUUAAGUCACCGCGAAUGAUGAGAAGUGCGAUACAGCUUAUUUCUUCAAACUGGCCUUAUUGGAACCGGACAGAGGGGGCAGAUCAUUUCUUUGUGGUUCCUCAUGACUUUGGGGCAUGUUUUCAUUACCAGGAAGAAAAGGCAAUUGAAAGAGGGAUUCUUCCACUGCUACAGCGUGCUACCUUGGUUCAAACAUUUGGACAGAGGAAUCAUGUGUGCUUGAAAGAGGGCUCAAUUACUGUUCCCCCUUAUGCUCCACCACAGAAAAUGCAUACCCACCUAAUUCCUGAUAAGACUCCAAGGUCCAUUUUUGUAUACUUCCGAGGGCUGUUUUAUGAUGUGGGAAAUGACCCUGAAGGUGGUUACUAUGCAAGAGGUGCAAGAGCAGCAGUCUGGGAGAACUUUAAGAACAAUCCACUGUUCGACAUCUCCACUGAGCAUCCAACCACAUACUACGAGGACAUGCAAAGAGCUGUGUUUUGUCUAUGCCCACUGGGAUGGGCCCCUUGGAGCCCGAGGUUGGUCGAAGCUGUGGUGUUUGGUUGCAUUCCUGUUAUCAUCGCAGAUGACAUUGUUCUGCCAUUUGCUGAUGCAAUUCCAUGGGAAGAUAUUGGAGUGUUUGUUGAUGAGGAGGAUGUACCUAAGUUGGAUACCAUACUCACAUCUAUCCCACCAGAAAUUAUAUUGAGGAAACAGAGAUUGCUUGCUAACCCUUCUAUGAAGCAAGCAAUGUUGUUCCCUCAACCCGCUCAACCCGGAGAUGCUUUCCAUCAAGUUCUAAAUGGACUUGCUCGUAAGUUGCCACGUGACAGAAGUGUUUUCUUGAAGGCGGGUGACAAGAUAUUGAACUGGACUGCUGGCCCUGUGGGGGACCUUAAACCUUGGUAGCAAAAUUAUAGUAGUCUUCUGAGGCCAUUAGGAUUCUUUAUAUUUCUUGGUAUAUCCUCCCAAAAUGUUUAUAGGAGUUGGUAACCGAGAUGCCUUUUUUUUAUUAUUGACAUUGUAAAUUCUGAUAUUUUUACAUACAAAUUCAUUAGAUCAUGUUAUCCAUUUUGCAACAUGAUUGUUCUCAUUUUAUGCUCA